AUGUCUGAGACGCCAACAGAAUGUCGGUUCACCGAGUCCGGCACGACGCCGCCAGAAGCCGACCCAACACAGGUCAGCGCCUUCCAAGCAGCCCCUUCCAGCGAGGCAGCGUUGCCGACUGCCGUCGUCACCGUCGCCGUCGCCGUCGCCGUUGGCGUAGACGUCGCGGUUGACGUUGACGUUCGCGUCGACGUUGUGUGUGUCAGUGGCAGAGAAACGUCCGGCGGUUUGCCGGAUCUGACGCCGCGACCUCCACGAAGGUCGGUGCCGACAUUCGAUGCCCCCGUCGGUGGUUUGAGACCUUCUCUGAAAACGGCCAGAGGCGGAGGCGCCAAUCCGACAAAAGCGGACAGACCGUCGAGACAGGUUGCCGAGGCGCCUGUUCGAGGCUGA